GACAGCCAGGUGAGGAGCCCGGCGCCAUGUUGGGGAAAGCGGAAGUGAGCGCUCGUGCGAGCGAGUUAACGGGGGCAGCGGGCGUGUGAAGAACGAGAAGAGAACGAGGGGGGUCUGUGUGUAUGUGUGUGGACGGCUCGCUGAGAGUGUGUCCGGGCAUCGUCAUCGCCAUUAUCAUUAGUGUCGUCAUCGACAUCGCCGUCUCUAGAGUCUAGCGGCUCCGUCAGUGGCGCGAGACUACUACUAGCCCCUAGGAGAGCAGAGGAGCCGCGCUCCGAGUCCGGCAGCCCGACAUGCCGCUGGCGCAGCUCGUGGCAGACCCGUGGCAAAGGAUGGGGCUGGGCGCGGGCCUCGCGGAGGGGCCGCCCGAGGUCUUGGACGAGUCCAUGGGUGACGAGGACACUCCUUCCUGUGCUGAUGAAGGCUCUGUGAAGGAGAUCAACAUCACCCAGCUUGUGAAGGAGGGCUCUGAGAAGGCCGAUCCAGGACAAUUUGAGAUCCGCAAGGUUCUGGGCCAAGGCUCCUUCGGGAAGGUUUUUCUGGUGAAGAAGAUUGUAGGCCCGGAUGCUGGGCAGCUGUACGCCAUGAAAGUGCUGAAGAAAGCCACGCUCAAAGUGCGAGACCGUCUUCGUACCAAAAUGGAACGAGACAUCUUGGUAGAGGUGAACCAUCCCUUCAUAGUGAAGCUGCAUUAUGCAUUUCAGACGGAGGGAAAGCUCUACUUGAUCUUAGAAUUCCUCCGAGGAGGAGAUCUCUUCACACGUCUUUCCAAAGAAGUGAUGUUCACAGAGGAGGAUGUGAAAUUCUACCUUGCUGAGCUUGCUCUGGCAUUGGACCACCUGCACAGCCUGGGCAUCAUCUACAGAGACCUGAAGCCUGAGAACAUUCUCUUGGAUGAAGAAGGUCACAUCAAGUUGACAGACUUUGGACUGAGCAAAGAGUCUAUAGACCACGAGAACAAAGCGUAUUCCUUCUGUGGCACAGUGGAGUACAUGGCCCCGGAGGUCGUCAACCGUAGAGGCCACACCCAAAGCGCUGACUGGUGGUCCUAUGGGGUGCUUAUGUUUGAGAUGCUCACCGGGACCUUGCCAUUCCAGGGAAAGGACCGUAAGGAGACCAUGACCAUGAUCCUCAAGGCCAAGCUGGGGAUGCCACAGUUUCUCAGCCUAGAAGCACAGAGCCUUCUGCGUAACCUGUUCAAGCGAAACCCAGCCAACAGACUAGGGGCUGGACCAGACGGGGUCGAGGAGAUCAAGAGACACCCGUUCUACUCCAGUAUAGACUGGAAUAAACUGUUCAGGCGAGAGAUUCAUCCUCCAUUCAGACCGGCCAGCGGUCGACCUGAUGACACUUUCUACUUCGACCCUGAGUUCACGGCAAAAACUCCCAAAGACUCACCAGGCGUGCCCCCCAGUGCUAAUGCCCACCAGCUAUUCCGUGGCUUCAGCUUCGUGGCCAUCAGUCCAGAGGAGGAAAGUGAACCGCUGACCAGUGCAGGAGUGCACUCCAUCGUCCAGCAGUUACACAGGAACACAGUACAGUUCAGCGACGUAUACGAUGUGAAGGAGGACAUCGGUGUCGGGUCCUACUCUAUCUGCAACCGCUGUGUCCACAAAAGCUCCAAAAUGGAGUUUGCGGUCAAGAUCAUCAACAAAGCGAAGAGGGACCCCGCAGAGGAGGUGGAGAUCCUGCUGCGCUACGGACAGCACCCCAACAUCAUCACCCUCAAGGAUGUAUACGACGAUGGACGUUCAGUCUACCUGGUGACGGAGCUCAUGAAGGGAGGAGAGCUGCUGGACAAAAUCCUACGGCAGAAGUUCUUCUCGGAGAGGGAGGCCAGUGCAGUUCUCUACACAAUCACCAAGACCGUGGAGUACCUGCAUACUCAGGGGGUGGUCCACAGGGACCUGAAGCCCAGUAACAUCCUGUACGUGGACGAGUCGGGGAACCCCGAAUCCAUCCGCAUUUGCGACUUUGGCUUUGCCAAGCAGCUGCGCGCCGAAAACGGGCUCCUCAUGACACCCUGCUACACGGCCAACUUUGUUGCCCCUGAGGUGUUGAAGAAGCAGGGUUAUGAUGCAGCCUGUGACAUCUGGAGCCUGGGGGUCCUGCUGUACACCAUGCUAACGGGAUUCACCCCGUUUGCGAACGGGCCUGACGACACACCAGAGGAGAUCCUGGCACGGAUUGGCAGCGGGAAGUUCUCUUUGACAGGCGGGUACUGGAAUUCUGUGUCUGCUGAAGCCAAGGACCUGGUGUCCAAGAUGCUGCAUGUAGACCCCCACCAGAGGCUGACUGCUGCACAGGUGCUCAGGCACCCCUGGAUUGUGCACCGGGACCAGCUGCCCAAGUUCCAGCUCAACAGACAGGAUGCUCCUCACUUAGUCAAGGGUGCAAUGGCCGCUACGUACUCGGCGCUCAACAGGAAUGUCUCUCCCAUGCUGGAACCCGUGGGCUGCUCCACUCUGGCUCAGCGUAGGGGCCUGAAGAAGUUGACAUCGACUGCCCUGUGACCCUUAACCCCUCACCUUGCACCUUUGGGACGUCAUCCUAGAAUGUACUUCAGGACACACUGGGCCGCUCUUCGGCACCCCUGGCGGAGGUCAUAGGGGACUCAGAAGCACAUUCCCCUUCGCCAAACCCCUCAUCACUGCUGCCUCAGAACCAAAUUGAAAACCGAGAUUGUCCUCUCCACGGGUGUUUUAUCUCCCUGUGCAGAUUAUUUUGUAAAAAUUACGGAUCUUUACACGAAAGGUUAUAAAUUUAAAGUCAUAUAAUGUAUUUUUUAUUCUUUUAGAGUUUUGGUUUAGUACCAGGUAUUGGGUUGGAUUUUUAGUCCCUGGAGACAGGAUGGAGGUUCAGUUCCUGGAGAUGGGAUGGGAUGAAAGUUCAUUGCUUGGGGUCGGGAUGGGAUGUGUGUUUUGAGAAUGCUGAUUGUCUUAGUACCGUGCUAAGACUGAGCAUAAUGGACACCUCAUCUUUAUUAAUGGUAGUGAAUUUUGGUCUUUGUCUCCCCUCUUUGCCAUGUUCCUGUUUUUUUUUCCCUGUUUGGAUUACCAGUGAACAGUGCGAGUCCACUUGUUUUCACAAUGGCUUUGGUGAACAUGUGUAAUGAGGAAAUGAGGCACCAUGUCUUCCCAGCUCUCCUACAGCAGUUACCACAGAUGUAGGACACCUGUGUGUUGCUUUGCUUCCACUCUCCUCCUGUCCAAUUCCUCUUAAUCAGCUUCUGUCCAGGGCAGCCCUCACUUUUCACUGGUACGUUAUGUUGAUGUCGUGUAUGUUGGUGCUUUUUUUUUUUUUGCUGUGCUCACCAAGAGCAUUAGUGGUAAACACAACAUGAGCUUCUGCACUCUGCUUGCUUUUACUCCAACUUCUACUCAAUCAGGUAGAAAGCCGUGGUUCUGAUGAGUGAACCUGUGUGGCAGCCAGCCGACCGCAUGUCCAACCCUCAGAAUACCGGUCCUAAUGACUCCCCGAUGCAUUUUUAAUCCCCUUUAAAGGACAAUAAGGGACAAGAGUGACAAUAAGGGAUAUUUUACAUUGUGACUUUUAAUCCAGUUUUUAAGAGCUGAUUUGAAAACUGUAUUUUUGUAUUUGUGUGGAGAAUCAGAUUUUGUACUCUUGUGCUUGGCUUGUUAGGGUGAGUAUGUGGCAGGGACUAGCAGGUUAGUAUUUUUAUAAUUAAAGUAUAUAUUUUUUCUGAAAUUUAAGUUUCAGGGGGUGCCUCAGCACCCACAGUCAAAGGAUAAUGCAGAUGAAUUUUGGAAAAUUCCUACAUUAAUCUCUCACAGCAUUUUUAUAUUUUUAAAGCACUGGAAAAUAGUGUCUGCUUGUGUAUUUAUGUCAUAAGUUGCUGCAGCUUUGAAACCUUAUUGGGAGACAAAUCAUUUGUAUUGACAAUAAAAGAAUAUUGCGUAGAAAA